AUGGAGAUGGAUGUUGAGGGAGUUUCUCCGCGCCCGGAGCCCAUCCCCCGCUCCCAGGGGGCUGGCGGAGCCUGCCAGGCGCCGCCACAGCCGCCCCAGCCCCAGCCCCAGCCCCAGCCGCAGCCGCAGCAGCAGCCGCUGGCUCAGGAUGAAGUGCCCGGCGGUGAGAGUGCAGGCGCGGAGGAUAGCGACGAUCCCGAGGCGAGACCCAGCAGGGAGAAAGGAGAGAGCAAGAGACCCUCGGCCAGCAAGUCUUCGGGGGCUCCUUCCUAUAGCAGAUGGUCCAGUUCACAGCCACAUCAGUCUAGCUCCACAGUGAGAGCCUAUCAAACUAGUAAGUCCCGAGUGACCAUGAGCCCUGGCUUCAGCUCUCAGUGGAACAGCAGCCAACCAGCCUGGAACACAUACUCCUUCCCAAGAGCAAGCUUGCACUAUCAGUCCCAUGCCAGCUAUGCCUACUGUACUGGACACCCUGCUCAGUCCUAUGCACCAGCUCCCCACCCCAUGGCUCCUCCCAGCCCCAGCACAAACAGCAGCAGCAACAACAGCAGCAGCAACAGCAGCGGGGAACAGUUGAGUAAAACGAACCUGUACAUUCGAGGCCUUCCACCAGGCACCACUGACCAGGACCUAAUCAAGCUGUGCCAACCGUAUGGAAAAAUUGUAUCCACAAAGGCAAUUCUGGACAAAAACACAAAUCAGUGCAAAGGUUAUGGUUUCGUAGAUUUUGACAGUCCUGCAGCUGCACAGAAAGCAGUAGCAUCUCUCAAGGCAAAUGGCGUGCAGGCACAGAUGGCCAAGCAACAAGAGCAAGACCCAACAAACCUAUACAUCUCAAAUCUCCCCAUUUCCAUGGAUGAGCAGGAACUUGAGAAUAUGCUGAAACCCUUCGGACACGUCAUUUCCACAAGAAUACUAAGAGAUGCUAAUGGAGUCAGCAGAGGUGUUGGCUUUGCCAGAAUGGAGUCUACUGAAAAAUGUGAAGUGGUCAUUCAACAUUUUAAUGGAAAAUAUCUGAAAACACCACCAGGCAUCCCAGCCCCUAGUGAGCCUUUACUGUGCAAAUUCGCUGAUGGAGGACAAAAGAAGCGACAGAAUCAAAGCAAAUACACCCAGAAUGGAAGGCCUUGGCCCAGAGAAGGAGAGGUACUCAGAGGCAGGACUGUCCCUAGGCAAAAUCGUGAAGCUGGCAUGGCUCUGACCUAUGACCCCACAGCCGCCAUACAGAAUGGAUUUUAUUCUUCACCGUACAGUAUUGCAACCAACCGCAUGAUUCCACAGACAUCUAUCACGCCAUUCAUUGCUGCUUCCCCUGUCUCCACAUACCAGGUCCAGAGUACUUCAUGGAUGCCUCAUCCGCCAUACGUUAUGCAACCAACAGUAAGUGUUCUCAGUCACCUGAGGCUAAAUAUUUCUAUUAUCCAAGUGCAAGCUUUUGUAAUGCAUAGAAGCUUUGGG